AUCAUCUUCUCUGAUCACUAAUACACACAAAUACACUACUCUGUCUGAUCGUAUCUAGUCACAAACGAAGAUGGCAGCUACCAACACAAAUUACGAUCGCAAAAGUGAACUAAAAGCUUUUGAUGACACAAAAGAAGGUGUUAAAGGCCUUGUUGAUGCCGGCAUAACAGUAAUUCCUAGAAUAUUUCAUCACCCGCCGAACUUGGAUGACAACCUCGAUUCAGAAGCCAGCAGCCAGUUUAGCAUUCCGGUCAUAGACCUUCAAGGCCUUGAACUCGGUAGUCCAACUAAGCGCAAGGAGAUUGUUGCGAAAGUCGCAGAGGCAUCGGAGAAUUGGGGAUUUUUUCAGAUUGCAAAUCAUGGAAUACCUGUUGAUGUUUUGGAGGAGAUGAAGAAUGGGGCACGUGGGUUUUUUGAGCAAGACACUCAGGUGAAGAAGGAGCUUUAUACUCGUGAUCAGUCCAGAACUGUGUUGUACAAUACCAACUUUGAUCUGUAUAGUGCACCGGCCGCUACUUGGAGGGAUAGUUUUGGGAUUUACAUGGCUCCUAAUCCUCCUAAGCCGGAAGACUUGCCAGAAAUAUGCAGGGACGUACUGGUUGAUUAUUCGAAGCAAGUAAUGAAGUUGGGGAAGUUGCUGUUGGAGUUGUUGUCCGAGGCUCUUGGCCUAAAGCCAAGUCACUUGAAUGACAUAGGUUGCAGUGAGGGGCUUGCGCUUCUAAGCCAUUACUAUCCUGCUUGUCCACAGCCAGAAUUGACAAUGGGCACCGCCAAGCACGGCGACGCUGUCUUCCUUACAAUCCUUCUGCGAGAUCAUAUUGGUGGUCUCCAAGUUCUUCCUCAGAACAAGUGGAUUAAUGUUCCUCCUGUGCCUGGGGCUCUUGUGGUUAACAUUGGGGAUCUUCUACAGCUCAUAUCAAAUGAUAGAUUCAAGAGCGUGCAACACAGAGUAUUAGCAAGCCGUGUAGGUCCAAGAGUAUCCAUUGCGAGCUUUUUCUUCACCGGUAUGUUGCCGUCGACAAAACUCUUUGGACCGAUCAAAGAGCUAUUAUCAGAAGACAAUCCUCCAAAGUAUAGAGAGACCACUGUGAGGGAUUACUUUGCUUGCGUCCAACUCAAAGGCCUUGAUGGCACAUCUGCCUUGCCUCAAUUCAAGCUUUAAACUACUGCUAUAUAUAUUCCGUAAAGUGUUGAAAUCUGCCGUUCUAAAUUAUAAAAUAAAAAUACAUGUAUGGUGUGUAACAUUACUCUUUUGGCCAUAUAUAUAUAUUGGUUGUUUUGACUCCUUGUAAUAAUUCAGUUGGUAAGUUGGUAGAGAAAUGUAAUUUAGUAAGUUGUACAUCAUUGACAGCUGUAAUGGUUAUUGAACAAUAGUUCAUUAUUCA